CGAUUUGCAAAUUUCUGUAUCAUUCUCUCCUUCCAACAACGGUCCCUAUGGGCUGUCUACCAAAUGGCUUCGUCUGAGCGGCCGAAGGACGACGAUCACCUUUACGCGUCAAUUCCAGCCUACAGAGACGCAUCAUUGAGUGACUUAGACAGUGACCUCGAUGAGGUUCAGUAUAAAAAGCCGCAACGGUCUCGCAAGUGCCGCAAUCUCGUGGCUGUCUGGCUAGCAGUCGUCUGCCUGCUUUCACUCUACACGCUGCUGGUAGCAUAUGUGACCUCUAACUGGUGGAGAAGAGAGAGGAUACAUGGAGCGGGUGUCGUUGAAACACCUCUAAGACCUUGGAUCAAAUAUAAACCAGAGAUCUUUCCUCAAAGACACUGGUCGAAUGAAUACCCGCUCGUGGGACAGCCGUCCGAUGAGCGUGAUGCGAGAUGGAGACAUAUUAUGAGCAACUUUUAUACCGAAGUACCGUACAGCUAUAUGGAGAAGAUGGGAAGAUUGGACGAAGGGAUCCAGCUUGAGAACGGGAAUUUCCUGGCGACGUAUUCUGUGAUCCAUCUUCUGCAUUGCGUGAAACGUCUCCACGAAUCCUACUUCCCCGACCGCUACUUCCCCAACAUGACCCAAUCAGAAACCGAACUCCAACUCGAACACAACCUCCACUGCCUCCAAAUGGUCGUCCAAGCAAUCAUGUGCCAAGCCGACAUCGUCCCCAUCACCACCGUCUGGCUCGACAACACGCCCCUCCCCAGCGGCAACCGGCACGUGGAACACGAAUGCGUGGAUUUCGAUCUCAUGAUUGAAGGCAUCCGGGCCAAGCGAGUCGAUCCUUUUGCCAGACCGGAGAUUUUCGUGCAUCCGAUUUUUGGACCUGUGAUUAAUGAGGAGAGGAAUGGGAUUGUGGGGGAUGAUCGUAUUGGGUAUGGGCAUAUGGGGAAGGUUUUGAAGGUUGAUGGGGAGGGGGUGUGGAGGGUUGGGGAGUGAGGGGUAGAUGGGAAGGAAGGGAUUGAGGGGAGGGUUGUGUGUGUGGGUUUUGGAUAGGGGUGGAUGGAGGGAUUGAAUUGCGAUUUUGGAAGAGAGAGACUGCGCUUAUCCCCAGCACGUCCAUUGAACGCCCUCUCCCAUGGCGAGCCGUUAUUCACAGGCUUAGCAAGAUUACUUAGGAUUACAGGUGUACGAGAAGGAAGACGUACCGGGAGAUUGUUAGCGCAACUAUACCAGUGGCCCGAAUGGGUCGCAAUUCCUCUUGAUCCGCC